GAGACUAUAUAGUUCUGCAAACAGUGCGCGAUCCAGAGGAGGCGGGAGAAAACACCUGUUACGGAAGAAUCAAUUCGACAAAGCAGCCUCCACGUCUUCGACAGAGAAACACCCUUGUAUCCCACCUGGUGAAGCCCAGUGGGAUAAUGUGGGUUCUGGACAAGAUCCGUGGGUCAGUAGAGACCACUGUUCUCCGGCGGGGGGAGAAUGGCGACAAGGACGGCAAUACUCCAGUCUACAGCAACGUCCUCACCCCUGAUAAGAUCCCUGACUUCUUCAUUCCCCCCAAGCUGGUCUGCUGCCCCCCAGAGCCUGAGACCCUGGACGUCGUCAAGCCCAAGGAGGGGCUGCGGCCCUCGGCCUCUGAGCAGACCAUUGGCAGUAAGAAAAUCAGCAGCCCUCGCAGCCCGCGUCUGGUUGCCAAGCUGGCUGGAGACACCAAGAACCUGUUGAGGGCCGCCAACCGUCACAUUAUCCAGAUAGAGAGCGCUGAUGACGUGGUGGCAGAGGACACAAACGCUGACCCUCAGUCUCAGACCGCUAUGUCACUGCCCUACGUCCCCAAGACCCAGACUUCCUAUGGUUUUGCCACUUUGAUGGAGAGCCCGCACACCCGCCGCAAGGAGUCCCUUUUCCACUGUGACCAGACCAGCCCCCUGACCUCUCCCAACUCCCAGAGGAAGGGGAAGAGCAGCGUUAGCGAAUGCAACCACCUCAACCCCCCUGACUUCAACGCCUCUCACAACCCGUACCGCUACUUUAGUGGAGGGGAGAGUGAUACCUGUUCCUCGGCUGAGUCCUCUCCCUUCAACUCCCCACUUCUCUCCCGCUCUGCCUCGCUGCUCAAAGUCUUCACCCACGAGACACAGGCCAAGGUGGUGAAAGCCAAGAGGACGUUUGCCCGCCACAGCUCCUUGUCCACAGACGAGUGCAGCUCGACCGAGCCCAGUCCCAACGUGCUGCGGCGGCUCCACUCCUCUUCACUCCAUGGCGGUGGGCCGUCGGACCGGGAGCACACAGUCAACCUACACAAGGGUGGCAGGGUGAGGCUCAGCGCCGACUACGAUGCUGGCACGGCCCGCCUGCGCAUCCGCAUUCUGGCUGCCGAAGAGCUCUACGACAAGAUGUACGACAUUAAGAGUAUCAACUGCUGCGUGUCACUAUACCUCAACCCUGGCAAGCUGCAGAAACAGAGGAGCACUAUCAUCAAGAACAGCCGAAAUCCUGUGUUCAACGAGGACUUCUUCUUUGACUCUGUGACCUCAGUGCAGGUGAAGAACCUAGCAGUGAAGAUCAAGGUGGUGAAUAAGGGCACCAGCCUGAAGAGAGACACUCUGCUGGGGGAGAGAGAGAUCCCUCUGGGGAAGCUGCUCCAUGGCCUCUAGGUCUGUCCUGGCGAUACAGAAUAGUACUCUGACUGACACAGAAUGAGACUAUGAAUGAUAAUGUGCAUGAAAAAAAUAUAUAUAACUGGGGUUAGAUGUUUGCUUGGUCUCUCCUAUAUUCACAUAGAACUGUCUGAAAGGAACAGUUCAUUUCCAGUCAAUGUCUGGUCUGGUCUAGCAGUUUGUCUCUUAGCUGGUCACCUCCUCAACCUUCUGUUCCCUGAACCUGAAGCCCUGCACAGCCCAACUUGUAGAUCAUGUGGUGGACAAUCGAAUAUGGCACAGGUCAAAAAACACCUGCUCGUUUGAGAGACUCACUUUUUGUACUCUCUUGAUCUCGACGUUGAAUGUCGCAUGGUUGCAAUUACAUGUGACUCAGACAAUACAGGAUGCGAGUCUCUAUGAUUCCGUUUUUAUUCAGCACUACAAUGCUUUUAUGGAUCAGGGGGUCUUUGAUGUCGCCACUAUAACUUGAUGUGCAAAUUAUCCUUUGAUCCUGAUUGUUGUUGCGAUCCACAGUAGCCUACUACCGGAAGGAAGGCUAGUCUGUUAUGUGACCACAAUGUCCAAAACCUGGAGAAUAGAGAUCAGACAUCACCAUCUGCUUCCCGUGUGCUUGGCAUGAAUAUGUAAAUGCAGUGAUAUGUUAGCAGUUUGUACUUCAGUUUCAUAACACCCACAAGCCUUACCAAGAGUGAUAGAUAGACAGAAAGAGAGA